CUCAAUACUUCAUGCCCCCCAUUCUCCAAUCGGUGGUCUCAGUCCCUCAGAAACGUGAACGUCGGAAUCGGGCUCUCCACUCUCCAUUCGCCCCCACCGCCGCCGCCGCCUUCGGAGUCUAAGGUCUGACUUAUUGCUCUUCGCCGCAGGAAGAUGGAGUCCUCCGUGUUAGCGGUUGAACUCAUUGUUUCCUAUAAUUUCAAGAACAAGAAGCUUUUAGAGGAAGCCCUCACUCACUCCUCCUACGUUGAAUCUGCCUCCUAUCAGCGCCUUGAGUUCAUCGGCGACUCUGCUAUUGGCCUCGCUUUUACCAAUUACUUUUUCCUUGCGUAUCCCGACCUCCAGCAGGGCCAACUCUCUUUACUUAGGGCUGCUAACAUAAGCACCGAGAAGCUUGCUCGCGUUGCAGUCCGCCAUGGCUUGUAUCACUAUGUUCGGCGCAAGGCUGUCGCUCUCGAUGAUAAGGUUAGAGAGUUCGUCGAUUCUGUCGCCCUAGAAAACAACUCAGUUCCGUAUGGUGGGUUAAUGAAGGCUCCUAAAGUUCUUGCUGACAUUGUAGAAUCUGUGGCUGGUGCUAUCUAUGUAGACGUUAAUUUUGAUCUUCAAAGACUGUGGGUGAUAAUUAGGGGUUUGCUAGAGCCCAUCUAUACUCCUGAGGAUCUAGAGGUAGAACCCCAACCUGUGACUGUUCUCUUUGAAGUUUGCCAAAAAAAUGGGAAGCAAGUUGACAUCAAGAAUUGGAGUAACGGUUCCAAGACUGUUUCUAGUGUCUUUGUUGAUGGUACUUUUGUUGCAUCGGGUUCUUCAACACAUAAAGAAAUUGCAAGACUAAAUGCUGCCAGAGAAGCUCUCGCCAAAUUGUCCAAAACUAUGGAUAUCAAUAUUCGAACGGCUGUAACUAUUGACGGUAUUGAUGAAUCUUUUGAAAUUGAAGGGGCAAAGCAGAAAUUACAUGAUUUUUGUUGCAAGAAAAAGUGGCCAAAACCGAAUUACAGUACUGAGAAGGAUUUUGGACCUUCACAUGAUAAGAGAUUUACUUGCUCCGUUAAAAUUUCCACUUCUUCUGGGAUGCUGUAUAUGGUGGGAGAUGAGAAGUCAAGAGUAAAGGAUUCAGAGAACUCUGCGGCCUCUAUGAUGAUUCGUGCUUUACAGGAGAAAGGGUAUCUCUAAUGCUUUAUUUAUUCAAUUGGACAGAAUCUAGCAUAUUUCAUGUCCAACUAUUGGAUCAGUUAGGAAAAAUUCCUUUUCAUCUUUUUUUUUUCUUUAUUUUAUACUUAUUUAUACAGGUAGAUAUCUUGUGAAUCCAUAGUCUAGUUGCCUUUCUGAGCAAAAACUUGUAUUAAAUUCAGUAUUCAUUCAUCGAAAUGUAAAAUUCAAGCCGACCAGUUUAGGUUGUCAUGAUGCAGUGUAAACCGAUUGAUAUCGGGUCUGCUAGGU